AUGGAAUCAGCAUUCGAGGACCUUGCGGUAUUCGAGUCUGAUGACCAGAUCAUCAUUGCCUUGGACUUUGGCACCACGUUCAGUGGGAUUGCUUAUGCGUUCAAAACGGACUCCAAACCAGAGCUCGUUUCAGUUCUUGAUUGGCCAGGCCUUGAGAGCGAGAAGCAACCGAAAACUCCCACUGUAAUUAGUUACGAUCCCAAGAGCAAACGAUCAUUUACCUGGGGGGCUCAAGCACACAAACAUGUGAAGAUUGAGGGGAUCAAAUUGCUGCUCGACCCAGAACAGGAUAAGCCAGUGUACGUGCCAGCUACGAACACGAGGGCUGAGUUGGCGAAACUGGGUAAGCCUCCAGUUGAGGUGGUAGCGGAUUAUAUCCGAUCGAUAUAUGAACAUGCCCUGGAACGCAUCGCCACAAAGGUGCCAGAGGAGUACCUCGAGAAUGAGGUGCAGAAGAAGUUUGUCAUCAGCGUACCCGCGGUAUGGUCCGACAGAGCCAAAGACGCCACGUUGAGAGCUGCAAAGCUUGCCGGCAUCUACCCGGUGACAUUGAUCAAAGAGCCGGAGGCUGCUGCUAUGUACACACUUCAUGUUUUGCAAGACCGUGGACUUGGCGUCGGAGAUGCUCUCGUUAUCUGUGAUGCCGGUGGUGGAACAGUUGAUCUCAUUUCCUAUGAGAUCCUGCAAAAAAGGCCGACUCUGCAGCUCAAAGAGCUCGUGCCAUCCAAAGGGGGAAUAGCUGGCUCAUUGCAACUGAAUAAACGUUUCGAGGAGCAGGUCAAGAUGCUUGUGGGAGAAGAUCAAUAUUACCACUUACGCAAGACCCCGGCUUAUGAUCAGGCUGUGAAGUUUUUCGAUCGCACAGUCAAACCAGAGUUCCGGGGCAAGAAAGACGUCAGUUGGUAUGUCAACUUCCCCAUGGCAGACCUUGAGGACGACGAGAGUCAAGGCUUGAAGCGUGACUCGUGGGAAUUGAAAAGUGAUGUUGUUGAGACGAUAUUCUCUCCACUGAUUGAAGACAUCGGAAGAAUGGUAGAUGACCAGGUCAAUUUGGUUCAAAAGAAGCGCCUGGUCCAAAACCACAGCAAGGGUGCUGAGGUUAAGGCAAUCUUCCUUGUCGGCGGGUUUGGUGCCAGUGAGUAUCUGAAGCAGAACAUCCAACGUCGUCAUCCCGAUAUCCAGGUCAUCCAGCCUCAUGACGCGUGGGCCGCGAUUGUUAAAGGAGCAGUCUUGAGUCAACUGCCCAACGAGGCCCUUAUCACCUCCGUCGUCGCGCCUCGCCAUUAUGGUGUCAAGGCUCAUUGGCGAUACGAUCCAGUCAAAGACGCAGGACAGAAGUCCUGGUAUGAUUCAUCUCACGGCCAUCUACGAGUCGAUCAAAUGACGUGGUACAUCGAAAAGGGUGAAGACCUCCAGCGAGAGCAGAAGAUCAGCUUUCCCUUCUUCCGCCGACUCCCGUAUGACUAUCAAGACAGCGACCUCGUCUUCACGGACACGCUUUACUCCGAUGAGUCCGCUCGAGCCAACAACUAUCCAAAGGAGGGUAUCGUCAAGGCAAAUUGUACCUUGUCUGCGGAUCUGAGGUCCAUUGACAGGUCGAUGUUGAAGGAAAAGGUGUGCGCGGACGGCAAGACGUACGUUGAUGUGAAUUAUGAUCUUGUGGUGUCGUUGAAGUCGGCUCUUAUGAGGUUCAGCCUGGAGAUCAAGGGGAAGGAGUUUGGUAGUGUGGCGGCCAAGUAUGAGUGA